AUGCCAGCGAGAUUUGUAAUUUUGACGGAGCAUCAGCCCAUACUCUCUGAGAAGCUGCGGUCUUAUGACAUGGCAGAUGCCAAGGGACGCAAGACUCUGGUUCAGAGCUUGCGCCAGAAGCUGAAGACACAGUUUGUCGACACGUCAAAUUAUGACGACAUCAUUGUGGAAACUAAAAUCCGAGAGUGGCUCAAUAACCACGCCCGCCAUGCGCAGGAGAAAGCGACGAAAAAGCGUAUGCAUGUUUCUGGCAAGCCCAAUGCCUUCAAGGUGUGGGAUGCGCUGGAGAGGGACAAGGUGACUGAGGCCGCGCGAGCACUCGCCGCAGAUAAGGGUUGCAAUGUCUCCAAGGUGUGGAGAGUCGCACGGAGUGCCGAAUGGGCAAAACUGUCCGAGGAGGAGCAGAAGGUGUAUGAGGAAAAGGCGGAAAGUUGGCGCAAUGGCACUCUGGAUGAUAAGACGAAAAUGAAGCUGAGGGAGCAGCGAAUGAUGCAAUAUCUGAAGAAGUUUGCCAAGACUAUGUGGGACACCAUGGGCAUUCGCAUGGCAUUCAUGCUAGCAUAUCCAAAGGAAGCGGGGAGUCUGAAGGUAGAGAUGGUGGAGGUCAACCACGCCAUCACCAAUGGAACUCCAUUCGGGGCCUAUCCUGGGUGGCUGCGUGCUUACCAGCCUCUAGCAAAGGUGUUCUCUGAGUGGGCCAAAGGCGAAUACGGUGUGACUGAGACUACGGUGACGGUGAAGAAGACACCUGCCGAUUGCAUGCAGGCCAUGGACAAGAUUCAGUUGAUGGCCAACGGUUUUCCUCUGCUCCCGUCGGUGCCCGAAGGUAUGGCGGAAGCGCCUCUCAAGGUGAUGAAGGUACAAGUUCGAGACUUCAUGAAUCAUCACUACGCAUUGGCGAAGGGUGUUCGGAACUGCAAGUCGCCAUGGACGAAGCUGAACAGCAUAGAUGACAUCAAUGAGGUUAUUCCAGCGGAGAUGCUACCUGAGAACUUCCAGUGGAUUGAUCCCUCAAAGAUGACAAGUGUUCCCGUUCGUGCCCUCCUCGACCACUGGCGGGCAUGCCAAGAGGAACAUGGACCUGAGCAGACCAUGCGAUUCACCCAGUACUUCGACAAGGAUGGCGAAGCUGCUCCCGCCAAGUAUGAUCCUCUUCCACCACUUGAUGGAUCAGCACAGGCAUUAGAAGAAGGAUCUGAACAUGAGGUCCAAGAAGCACUCACACCGAAGAAGGCGGGGAAGGCGAAGAAGAAGGGUAAACCUGUGCGCAAGGUCACGGGAAAGGCGGCAUCGAAGGCGACAAAGGGCAAAGCGGCCCCUGGCGGAGCCAAAGGCAAAGCAGCCAAGACUCUGAUCGGAGUUCGCCAGAUAUACCCAGCAUGGCUUCCGAAGAAGAUACGGCCAGCGAUGAAGAUUCAGGGGAUGGCGAAUAAAGUGAAGGGCAAGGCAGUCGCCACCACCAAUGGACGUAAGGCUAACAAUGGCGGUGCACCUCAAGCGAGUGGUAGCGGCGGUGCCAAGACGAAGGCAAAGCGAGGUCUCCAAGACCUUCCUCUGGGCGAACUGCACAGAUUUGACACAGAGGAGACCGAUGAAGCAUGGAGUGAACUGGAGCCCAGUACAAAGGAGCUCAGGCUUGAGCUUCAAGGCCGAGCCCCGCGUCUCACUGGCGGGAGUACUGUGGGGAGUACUGUGCCCCACCUCGUCAAAAGGAGAGACGUGUUUCUCGCCACCCUUUCCGUCGAACCGCGAUACCAGGAUAUGCUGAAGCAAGUCAAGAUUGCGACUGUGCCCCAGGUGUAUCGUUUCGCCAGGUAUGAUCCGAUUCCCUGGAGUGAAUGGUCGUAUGGCCAGCGCUACCUCCCGCCGUCAUUUCAUGCGGUGGACAACUUUGACAUCGUCGAGAACUGGUUGGGCGACAAACCAUGGCUGACAAAAUAUCGGUUCUUACAUCCACAGGGUUUCAUUGAGGAGGGCGAACCGACCAACCUUCCUGACUAUGUGGUGAACUCGGCGAUCUCAUUUGACACAGUAGAGCAGCUGCUUCGCUGUUGCGAGAUCAUUACCUUGGACAUGGUGGAAGGGAACGUCACCCAUGCCAUGGUGAAGCCAGUGAGCAAGCCUGCCAUACGCGGUGCCCCACAAGGUGGCGAUGGCCUUGGGGGCCAGGAGGAGCAGGAAGGUGAUGCCUCUGCAAGAACUCACGAUGGCGCUGCUACUGCUGCCAAAGUUCACAAGGCUCACCAGCCUGCCCCCAUGGCUGACAAACCAAUCAUUCCAAGUGGAGGAGACGAAGGGCCGAGCCAGGAGACCAGUGGUGGGGCCUCUAACAAUGGCGAAGAGGACGAUGCACACUUGUCCGUACCUAGCAGUGGUGCUGAACGACCGCCACCGCCUCCGUUUAUACCUAAGACGAGGAAGGCCGCAGCCACGGAAGACCGUCCGUCAGGUCAAGCCAAAGCGCUCCAGGGAAGGUCGAUCACCGAUGCCCUUCAGAGUAAUAUCCCCGGCAGGAUCACUCGCAGUCAGCGUCAAGCGAUGGAUGAGUCGCCCGCCAAGAAUACCCGCAGUCAGCAUCCACUAGGAGCUGUGAAAGAUUUGAAGAAGCUUCCUGAUCCAAAGUGGGAACGUCAACCAGCACGUCCCGAGCCCGAUGGUGAAGACAGCUCUGGCGAAGACAAUCCGCCACCUCGGAAGCGUGGACGUGGUACUCGGGACGAGUUGGUAGUGGCCUUGCCGAGGAAGAAGAAUGCGAGGGCCGAGGACUCGGAUGAUGGUGACAAGCCUCCCGCAAAGUGA